GACGUCUCCUCUCGGCUCCUUGCUCGAGUUCUUCUCCCCGCCGCGGGGUAGUUGGAUGGGGGAAGAAAAAUCGGUGACCGAAAACCUCUCGAGUCCAGCCAUGUCUAUCGAUAGGGGAGGGAACAUCCGAGGAAGAACAGGCUUCGGUAGCGCUUGGCCGCCAGACGGACCAAGAGAAACCGUGAAAAUGCCGGGGACCCAGAUGUGCUUCUAACCGGCGACCUCCACGUCCCCCCCAAAAUACCGAAAACCCAACGAAGGUUCAUUAAAUAGCCCCGAUUCUGGAGAGGAAGGGAGCCCGAGAGUGAUCCACCCCCUGGAAAUCAUGGUGGCUUGGGUUGCCUGGCUUUUUCUUUACAAUGGAACGGCCAGAUACAGGUCCCGUUUCGUAUUUCCCCUCCCCCGAACACUGUCCUUUUCAAGAGGGAGAGUAGCUGGAGAUCGCCCCUGGGAUAAGUAGUUAAAUUUCAGGAUUUCAGUGUGCGCCAGGUUCUUCUUGAUGAGCUGAGGAUUUGCCCGAACUGGCAUAGUGGUAGUGUGGCUGCUAAUAGGUAUUUGGAUGUUACUCCUCCUCAGUAAUAUUAAAAAGCCUCGUUCUCCUAGCCCGAAGCCUUUAGUACCUUGCCGUGCAAUCUACGCCGAAGUGCGUUUCCAGAAAGUUUGUUUUUUUUUUGUUUUUUUUUGGUGGGAAAGGUACGGCUCCCAGGGUUUCCAAAUUAUUACCGAAUAGCACCUUGAGGCCCGAGGAAAUGGGGUUGGUCAGAAAGUUCAGGGAAAGAGAAGUGAUUUUUCCCGAAUAUUACAUUUUAUAUAGAAGCGUCUUGAAAAGUCUCGAUUUUUGGAGGGUGUCUGAUUUUUAGGGGGGGGUGGCCUUUGAGUAGAGAAUGGUUCCAGACAGAAAAAGUUCAAAUUUCGGCCUUGAUUUGAGGGUUUAGCUUCUCCGGCUCAAGAAGAAGGUUUCUUUUCAUUUUGCCAUUGUUCUCUAAAAUAAGUGCUGUCUUGCCACUGCAGGAAAGGGAUUGAGGAAAUGAGUAUCUUUCCCUUGGCACUGUGGCAUUACAGAGGUAAAAUAAGAGUCCCCCACUAGUCUCUUCAAUACUUUGACCAUUUCAGCCCAAACCUAAACAUCAUUUCUUGGCAGAUUCCUAUUGUUCAGAGCUUAGCGGUUUACCGACUCGAUCGUCCCACUCUGUAGGAAACUAACUUCCUGUGCUCCCAAAGAGCAACAGAGACUCUUUUACUUUUAGUUCUUCUUCCAGAUCCUUAGAGUUGAUACAGAAAAAAAAAAUAAAUCCCAAUAGGCAGGUCAUAGAAUCCCAUGUACAUUAAAAAUGAACUGGACUCUUGAAAACAGGAGAGCAGAUGUCAUAGGGGAUUGUCUUCUCACCACUUAAGGGGCAGCGAAAACAAACAAGUGAUAUAGGAUGUAAAGCAUCCUAUAAAAUUAAGCGGGUUGUAAUAGGACCCACCAUCGAGGAACCCGAAUCUCCCGUCGUCUUUAAGGCAUAUAGAAACGUAUCAACCUCGUGGGUCACUUAAGCCUUUUGCGUAGUCGCUGAAAAGGGAGAACUUGGUGGGCGGUCCUUCCUGUGACACGACCCUUGAGUGACAGUUCUGUUUGAUUGCCUCCAGUACUGUGAGGAAAGGACACGACUCUAUGGUGAGGACUGAUGGACAUACAUUAUCUGAGAAAAGAAACUACCAGGUGACAAACAGUAUGUUUGGUGCUUCAAGAAAGAAGUUUGUAGAGGGUGUCGACAGUGACUACCAUGAUGAAAACAUGUACUACAGCCAGUCUUCGAUGUUCCCACAUCGGUCAGAAAAAGAUAUGCUGGCAUCACCAUCAACAUCAGGUCAGCUGUCUCAGUUUGGGGCAAGUUUAUACGGGCAACAAAGUGCACUAGGCCUUCCAAUGAGGGGAAUGAGCAACAAUACUCCUCAGUUAAAUCGCAGCUUAUCACAAGGCACUCAGUUACCUAGUCAUGUAACGCCAACAACAGGGGUACCGACCAUGUCACUUCAUACGCCUCCAUCUCCCAGCAGAGGUAUAUUGCCUAUGAAUCCUAGGAAUAUGAUGAACCACUCCCAGGUUGGUCAGGGCAUUGGAAUUCCCAGCAGGACAAAUAGCAUGAGCAGUUCAGGAUUAGGUAGCCCUAACAGAAGCUCGCCAAGCAUAAUCUGUAUGCCAAAGCAGCAACCCUCUCGACAACCUUUUACUGUGAACAGUAUGUCUGGAUUUGGAAUGAACAGGAAUCAAGCUUUUGGAAUGAAUAACUCCUUAUCAAGUAACAUUUUUAAUGGAACAGAUGGAAGUGAAAACGUGACAGGAUUGGACCUUUCAGAUUUUCCAGCGCUAGCAGACCGAAAUAGGAGGGAAGGAAGUGGCAAUCCAACACCGUUAAUAAACCCGUUAGCCGGAAGAGCUCCUUACGUUGGAAUGGUAACAAAACCAGCAAGUGAGCAAUCCCAGGACUUCUCAAUACACAAUGAGGAUUUUCCAGCAUUACCAGGUUCCAGCUAUAAAGACCCAACAUCUAGUAAUGACGACAGUAAAUCCAAUUUGAAUACAUCAGGCAAGACUUCUUCAAGUACAGAUGGACCCAAAUUCCCUGGAGAUAAAAGUUCAACAACACAAAACAACAACCAGCAGAAAAAGGGGAUCCAGGUGUUACCUGACGGCCGGGUUACUAACAUUCCUCAAGGGAUGGUGACGGACCAGUUUGGAAUGAUCGGCUUGCUAACGUUCAUAAGGGCAGCGGAGACGGACCCCGGGAUGGUACACCUUGCAUUAGGAAGUGACUUAACAACACUAGGCCUCAAUCUCAACUCCCCAGAGAAUCUCUAUCCCAAAUUUGCAUCGCCCUGGGCAUCUUCGCCUUGUCGACCUCAAGACAUAGACUUCCAUGUUCCAUCUGAGUACUUGACGAACAUUCACAUUCGGGAUAAGCUGGCUGCAAUAAAACUUGGUCGAUAUGGAGAAGAUCUACUGUUUUAUCUCUAUUACAUGAACGGAGGAGACGUAUUACAGCUUUUAGCGGCAGUAGAGCUUUUCAAUCGAGAUUGGAGAUACCACAAAGAAGAGCGAGUAUGGAUUACCAGGGCACCGGGCAUGGAGCCAACAAUGAAAACCAAUACGUAUGAGAGGGGAACAUAUUACUUCUUUGACUGUCUUAACUGGAGGAAAGUAGCUAAGGAGUUCCAUCUGGAAUAUGACAAAUUAGAAGAAAGGCCUCAUCUGCCAUCAACCUUCAACUACAACCCUGCUCAGCAAGCCUUCUAAAAGACUUCCCUUUUCUUGGGGUAUGGCUGUCUCAGCACAAUACUCAACAUAACUGCAGAACUGAUGUGGCUCAGGCACCCCGGUUUUAAUUCCUUGAGGAUCUGGCAAUUGGCUCAUGCAAAGGGUCACUACGUGAGGACCUGCCUUACUAAUUAUGUGCUGCCCAACAACUAAAUUUGUCAUUUUUUUGUUUUCUAGUUUGAGCAGGGUCUGGAUUUUUCCAUUUAUUUUACCGUAUUUUUUUUUUUUUGCCAGCAGACAGAUUUGGGUCUGUACAGAAAGACAAACAAGUACACUGACAGAAGUUGACCACUUAAGUUUCCAAAAUGUAAAGGAAAAAAAAAUAACCAAAAACCAAAAAUCCUUCCCCACGCCCCCGACCAAAACCAACGAAAAAUUUGACAAAAUUUGCAUUGUUCAUUGUAGCUCUAUUGGUAAUAAAACAAAAUGUUUGUGCAUUUUUAUGUGAAGAUCCUUCUCGUAUUUCAUUGGGAAAGAUGAGCAAGGUCUGCUUCCUUCAUUUUACUUCCCCUUCUGUUUUUGAAAGGCAGUUUUCGCCAAGCUUAAUGCAAGAAUAUCUUGACUGUUUAAAGAAAGAUAUUGCCACAACCUCUGGAUGAUUUCCUGGGUUGUGUAUUACUGAGCUUCAUCUUUCCAGAAUGAGCAAAACACUGUCCAGUCUUUGUUACGAUUUUGUAAUAAAUGUGUACAUUUUUUUUAAAUUUUUGGACAUCACAUGAAUAAAGGUAUGUAUGUACGAAUGUGUAUAUAUUAUAUAUAUGACAUCUAUUUUGGAAAAUGUUUGCCCUGCUGUACCUCAUUUUUAGGAGGUGUGCAUGGAUGCAAUAUAUGAAAACGGGACAUUCUGGAACUGCUGGUCAGGGGACGUCUUUGUCGCCUGUGCACUAAAGGGCCAGAUUUUCAGCAGCCAAGGACAUCCAUACCCAAGUGAAUGUGAUGGGACUUAAAGAAGUGAACUGAGACAAUUCACUCUGGCUGUGUGAACAGCAGCGUUUCAUAGGAAGAGAAAAAAAAAAUCAAUCUUGUAUUUUCUGACCACAUAAAGGCUUCUUCUCUUUGUAAUAAAGUAGAAAAGCUCUCCUCA